AUGGACCCCAUGGGCCUUUCCGCCGGCCCAAACAUCCUGGAGUUGUACCAGAAGCCGGUGAACAUCACCACCUACGACACCAAGUGGAUACCCACCAGCGCGCGGUUCGUGGUCCUCGGCUCGUACGCUCGGGCCACGGGAUGCCUCCAGAUCUACUCGCUCGACACGGAGAACGAAGGCGUGAAGCUCAACAAGGAGCUCGAGAAGAAGGCGGCCUUCAAGUGCGGAACCUUCGGCGCAUCCUCCCUCCGCGAGCGUCACCUCGCGACGGGUAACUUCGAGGGCUACCUGCAGCUGUGGGAUCUCCAGCGCCCGGAGAAGCCGCUCAUGGACGUCAAGGCGCACACCUCGAUCGUCAACGCCAUCGACGGCGCCGGGGGUCAGAGGAGCGGCUACGGCCCGCCCGAACUCGUCACCGGCGGCCGCGACGGGUGCGUUCGCGUGUGGGACGUCCGCCAGAAGGACGCGCCCGUCGCCAUCUUCGAACCCGCGGAAGGGGUCAAGGCGAGGGAUUGCUGGAGCGUCGCAUUUGGCAACUCCUUCAACGACGAAGAGCGGUGCGUGCUCGCCGGGUACGACAACGGCGACGUGAAGAUGUUCGACCUGCGAACCGGGACGGUGCGAGCCGAGCACAACGUGAGGAACGGCGUGUGUUCCGUGGAGUUCGACCGCAAGGAGAUCGCCAUGAACAAGUUCGUGGUGACGUGUCUGGAAUCAGCGUUUACCGUGUUUGACGCUCGGACGCAACACCCGGCGAAGGGUUUCAGCUCGGUGACGGAGAAGGUGCCCGUGAGCGCGACGGUGUGGGGGGCGAAGCACCUGCCGCAGAACCGCGAGGUGAGCAUGGUUCUGGGCGGGGACGGGACCCUGAUGCUGUACAAGUAUCAGUACCCGGAUCAGAGGGUGGUGAAGGACAAGGACGGGGUCAAGAUGGGCGUGGCGGGGACGAUGAACCUGGUCAACUCGAAGAACGUGAGCACGCAGCCGAUCAGCAGCUGGGACUGGUCGCCUGAUAAGGAGGGUCUGGCGGUGUGCGGGUCUUUCGAUCAGACCGUGCGCGUCGUCUGCGCGACCCGGCUAAACACGCUGUGA